UUACACACAACACAUACAGACAACACAUAUACUGUAUAGAAGACUAUACCUACUGUUGCUUACAGUGUGUAUAUACUAACCGCACCGUUGGUAUUGAAAACAUAGUGUAGUCAACAUAGUGUUUGAAUCCCAACCCCCCGAAUGUCGGCCAGUUUGACCACACGACCAGUCGAUGGACAGACCACACACAAGACCACUGCCAAUGUGUCUCAGUCGACGACAACGCCGACUACUACUACCACCGAUGAUCUGAUCGGCUCGACUGUGAUGGAGUCGACAUUCAAUUACAUUAUCGAGUAUAUUGUGGCCAAACGGGUGACUGCUGGCGGUAAAAUUGAAUAUCUGGUCAAAUGGUGCGGUUGGGAUCAACGAUACUGUACGUGGGAAACGGCAGACAACUUUGCCAGCGAACUGGUGGCCGACAUAUUCGAACAGGGAGUUCGGCGACAGUUGGCCGAAGAUACGGGUAUUGCCCGAGCGCUGGUCAUUGAUCGGACGGCAACCAGUCAGGCAAUGAUGGCCGUCAAGGGUCGUCGCGGUCGACGCCGAAAACUGCCAACUAAUACACUGCUCAAGUCAACACAGCCUUAUGGCGACAAUACCGCCGUCGCCGUCGCCACCGAUGACAACAACCGAAAGUCACAUAUCUUGAGUGUCAUCCGCGACUACGAGCGGCUAUUGGGUUCAGCGAAUCUCAAGUCUGCUGCCCGUAUGUCGUGUCCGUCCACACCGUCUACUACUACUACUACUAGUGACAGUCCAUUGGUCAGUUCGGUGGCGGCGGCGUCUCAGCCGACGAUGUUGUCGCCGACACUGCGAUCCGUACGCUAUCGGAUGCGCGAAGAGCUCAAGACAAAGAAGAAGUCGACGACAUUUAGUGAUGAGAUUUCAUUAAGUGUUGUGUAAAUUAAUUAUUAAUAUUAUUAUAAUUAACAAAAAAUUGUUAUAUUUUA